UCAUAGAAGAAGAUGAAGGAGGAGGAGAAGAAGAACAACAAGAAACAGCAACAACUGUUCUGUUGACAAUUCAAUCCACGGCUUUUUUUUUCCAGAAUCCUUGGUGCUGCAUCGAUAAGUCCGUUUGUGUUUUUCGUCGAUAUAUUUAACACGAGUGUAGCUAUAUUAGAGAAGGAAAGUGCCCAGUUAGGUAGCCAAUGACAGUGAGGAUGUGCAUUGUACAGUUCACAUCAAGGUAACAGCUAAGUUAGAUUGUCCUUAUUGGACAGAUGAGGAGCUAACCGCCAAGUUAGCUAGCUAAUUUGUUAUUCCUUAUGAACACUAUAAGUUUUGGAAUUAUAUGAGGAAGCGUGAUGAUCUGGACUCUUGAAUCACAGCACGGACAGGCCAGGGUGGGCGAGGCGUUCCAAGGAGGCAGAGAGGCCAGAUAUACGAAAGGCCAUUGCGGGACCCUGUCCAACUGAUCAAAGUUAAAGGAGUUCACGACUGUGAUUGUUGUAGUCUGUUCAGCCAGUUACAUCCAUUACACCUGCACUGUUCGUUGUCGGGAUUCUUCAAAUCACCCUUCUGAUUGUGAAGAUGAACUCUCUAAAGGGUGGCAGGGUCACCUGGCGGCCACAACCGUGGCAGGAUGCCGACAGUGGUGGAGGUGAGCCUCUCUCAGACAGUGACUCAGAAGAAGAAGAUUUUCCUGAUGACAGCACUACACCACUUGGAGACUAUGUCACACACGGCCUGAAGCAGUUACUUGAUGCCCAGCAGCUCUGUGAUGUCACUCUGCUUGUGGAAGGGAAAAGAUUCAUGUGUCACAGAGUUCUCCUAGCUGCAGUGAGCCCCUAUUUCCGAGCUAUGUUCACAAGCCCCCUGGUGGAGUCUCGCCUUACAGAAAUUAGACUGGAGGAAGUAACACCUGCGGUCAUGGACACGGUCAUCCAAUUUAUCUACACAGGGGAGGCUGGGCUUAGCCUGGACACAGCAGAGGACCUCUUUGUAGCAGCCAGUCGCCUUCAAGUCAUGCCCCUGCAGGACCUGUGUUCUAGGUUUCUGUUUGAGCACCUGUCUGUAGAGAACUGUCUGGGGAUGUACUCUCUGGCCCGCUCGCACCACGACCAGCUGCUCCUGCGUGCCUCUCUCCGGCUGGUUGCCCAGCAUUUCCCCCGCGUGUCGCGUCAGCGGGACUUCCUCUUGCUCGACCCCGGCACCCUGGGCAGCCUGCUGGAGUCGGACCGCCUGGGAGUGGAGUCGGAGACGGAGGUGUAUGACGCCGCGCGGCGCUGGGCUGAGCACCAGCCGGCCGAGCGCUACACCCACAUGGCUGCCCUGCUGCGGCACCUGCGGCCGGGCCUCCUGGCCCCGGAGGAAAGCCGGCGACUGAACCAGGAGCUGGGACCGCGUGCCGGCACUGAAGCCAUGGGAGGGCCCCUGAGGCCCCGCGAGGGCAUGUUCGAGAAGAAGAUUGUGUGCAUUGACCUGAAGCCACGGGAGGACGACACGCUGCGUAAGGACGACUUUACCGUGGACUGCUUCGACCCACGAACGGGCAAGUGGGAGAAGCUGGCGGCGCUCGGCUCUCUGCUGUGCCCCGGCUGCACCGCCAUCGAUGGCCGUCUGUUUGUGGCUGGGGGCAUACUGCGGACAGGCCAGGUGGCGGCGGAGGUGCACGAGUACGACGUGGUAGCCGACCGCUGGCUCACCCGCCCGCCGAUGGCCCAGCCCCGGUCCAUGCUGGGCCUGCUGGGUUGCGGCAACUCUCUGUACGCGCUGGGUGGCUGCAACCGCUUGGCGCUGCUGGACUCGUGCGAGACGCUGGACAUGACCACGCUGUGCUGGUCACCAGGGCCACAGCUGCCCAUGCCGCUGCGCUCAUUCGCUUGCGCUGCGCUCCGCGGGCGCCUCUACCUUCUUGGCGGCGCCACACUGGAGCAGAACCGCGCUGUGGUGCACGCUGGCGUGCUCAUCUACCACACGGCCACCGCGCUCUGGACCCGCGUGCCGCUCGAAUCCGGGGCCACCUGCUUGGCAGGAGGGGUGGCGGUGCGGGGAGGGGUAUGUGCAGUCGGCGGCUACAUGCGUGACACUGCAAAGUUCUUUGACGGUAACUACACCCAGCUGGAGCCACUGGAUGCCACUGGCCGGGUGCUGUUUUUCAGAGAGGGCCGUGGCUCUGGGGCUGAGCGCGAGGUGACCCCGGGGAUUGACCGCGGUGGGGGCAGCGACCGGGCGCCCAGUCCCGUGGUCUUCCCCGGACUGCCGCGGAGGAUCGCGGCGGGGGGCGUAGCGCGCUGGAAGCGGCGGAUCUACGUGCUCGGCGGCGAGAACGGCUCCCGUUUCUACGACAGCGUGUACUGCUGGAAGCCAGGCUGGCGCAGCUGGGUACAGAGACGCGAGAAGCUGCCGGGGGAAACGGGCGGAGUCAGCCAGUUCGGCUGCACCACCCUCAAGUUUCCCAAGAAACACAUCCUGGCCAGGCUGAGGGCCGUGCAGGAGAAUAAGGGGACUGAUCAUAAGGGAGAGGAAAGGGUGAGAGGCAGAAGGAGGAGGCGUAAUCAAGAAACGUAGUCAUUGCACAGCAGUACCUUCUAAAUGUCUGAUUCAUGCUUUGAAAUCGUUACAUUACACUACGCUUGAAUGAUGGGCUGCAGAAAAGCCCAGGAGCUUGACCUUUAAAAUGACCCACAGAGUAACCAAAAAUGUAUAAUUUUGAAUUACUAAUUAAAUUGAUUUUUUUUUUUUAGACAAAGAAUUUUUGCCUGGGUAACUAUGCUCAUAUUUGUGAGCGAAUUUUAUGGAUGACUUGUUAAAUAAUUUUUUGUUACAAAAAAGCUUACAUAAUGCUUACUGUUAAUGGCUUUUUGUCAGAAAAAAACACUAAACAACACUGUGUCUAGCACUUUGGCAGGCAAAUACAGUGCCUUGCCAAAUUAUUCAAACCCCUUUAAAAGUUAACAUUUUCCAGAUUACAAAAGGUACUUGCAUACUUAUUUUGCCUUUGGAAAUAAACUAGUACAUUAACGUUCAUAAUUAAAAUAAAGAUUUUGAAAAUAUGUGUAAGUGUCUUUUGUAAUCCAGAAAAUGUUCAUUACUUUCAGGGGGUUGAAUCCUUUUUCAAGGUACUGUACAAUUUUGUUAUUCCGUUCAAAUUAGUUUAAAAUCAUUGUGAUGGACCAGGCAAGUGUCAGUUUUUCUAAAUUAAUGUUGUUUAAUUUCAGAUUUGGAAAAUACCUGUGUAAUAAAUGCAUACUUUGCUUUAAAA